UUUUUCCCCCAAAAAGAAAGAUUUUUAUUAAUCAAUUUGACUUUGAGCUGUAUUAUACAGUUGAUUAAUAUACAAUAUCAUUUCCUAUAUCGACUCUCGCUUCUUUUUCUAUGCAUGUAAUGACAAAGAAACAAGAUUUUGUAGGUAUUUGAUAAGCGUAUAUAAAUUUAUUAAGGGGGAAUCUUUCGUUACACGUAUAAUAAGCCGUUGAUGCAAAACAAAAACAACAACAACAACGACACUACAAUAGAUUGCCACUCUCCAGCCAGAUGUUGUAAAUGGGUACCUUAGGGCACCUGGGCUAAAGCCAUGGUACCGAGUACCCUGAAGGCGCCUUGAGGAUCCCAUGGGAAGGAUAAGUGUGCAGUAUAAAAUAUAGCUAUUAUCAUUAUCAUGACAAACAACUAUUGAUUUGAAUGAGUUAUGCUUAAGGUUUUUCAUCAUUUUUUUUCCCCUCCAGGUUGGAGCCUGAUUUUUCCAAGAUGGCUGCCAACUUGAAGCAGGUUGUCGAUCAGAACCUGGAGUGUCCUGUAUGCCUGAGCUUUUUCAAGGAACCCAAGAUCUUAACCUGCUCCCAUACAUUCUGCAAGGGUUGUCUGCAGUCCUUCCUCGACUUCCAACCGGACGAACAAAAGCUAUCCUGUCCAGUAUGCCGAAAGGAAACCGUGGUUACCGAUGGAGAAGUGAGUAGAUUACAAACAAACCUAACGGUGAGGGCGCUGGUUGAGGAUGUCCAGACUCAGGUACAGGUGUGUUCCAAUUGCGAUUCAGAGGACAAAGCUCUUGCAGUGGUCUAUUGUAAAGAUUGCGGUGACUACCUUUGCGAAUCCUGCAAGAAAAUGCACUCAAAGUGGGCGAAGUUUUCAGGUCAUUCCAUCGUAGCUGCCAGUGAUGUCUGCACGGGAAAGGUAACUUUGAGGAGAAAAGGCCAAUGUCAGAAACAUCCGAGCGAGGAUGAAGAAUGUUUCUGUCUCGACUGUAAUGAGUACAUCUGCUUCAGGUGUAGCGUGCUAGAGCAUACACAGGGUGGGCACAAGGUUUUGGAAGCAGCCGUCUAUGAAACUGAGCAGAAGAAGAAUAUCGAUGAUCUGGCAUCUAAAGCAAAAUCAAAGAUAUGCGACUUCGACAAAUAUGUCGCAUAUGUUGCCGAACAACGUGGACGGUUGCAAAAAGUACAGGAAGAUCUUUCUCGUGACAUUGACGUAGCGUAUGAGGAAACUGUCAGAAAACUGACCGAGAGAAAAGGGGUAUUGAAGAGUGAUGUCGGGCAACGGAUAAAGAAAUUCGACAAGUUGUUAGAGAACAUGGAACAGAAAGGCUGUCAGCAGAUCACCCGAAUAAAUGCAGUAUGUGGGUUAGUCGAAAACGGUCUGAAGAUUCCUCUACAAAAAGAAGCUUUGAGAACUCACAAAACGCUUUGUCAAGAAAUGGAACAGCUCUUGAGCCGAGUUGACCAGAACGACCAGAAUCCGAGAAGAACUGCUGAGGAAGGUGAACAGCUUCGUUUUACUCCGAGCCAGAGAACGGAGGGACUGGAGAUGGGUCAAUUACAAGGUGAUUCCAUGUGGAUUCUACACAUGGAAAGUCAGCUUCCUAUCAAGAACAGCAUGCGUGGGAUGGCAGUAUCACCUGGCAAUACAGUUGAUAUUGGCUGCUGGACUGGAGGAAUAGUGACAUUCUCGAGCGAUGGCAUACUUCAGGAGGUAGUUCUAAACACCUUAGAGAUGUGUGCCUUGCAAUUCACAACCGAUGGUGGAUACGUCAUACGUGACUAUGGCAACAACAUUUGCCUCUACACACCGCAUUGUUGUAAGAAGCUCAGGGUAAAGUUCGAGACGCUGAGCGACGAAGAGGGCGGGCUUGGUGACCUCACUGUAGACAAAGAUGGCAAUAUCCUUUCAAGCUAUAGGACAACAAAGACCAUCCAAGUCUUCGAGCCAUCAGGUGGGAAGCCAGUCAGGGAGAUACAGUGUGAAGGUUUCGAACCACAGCAGAUAUUUGCGAUGGGUUCGAGGGACAUGGUCGUGGUGAAGAGUGACGGACAUACAGUACGUGUGCUCGAUGGCCUUUCUGGUGCCACAAUGGACUGUAUCACCAAGGAAGGGGUUGAUGCCUAUCCUGCAGUUUGCAAGGAUGACUCGAUCCUCAUCGCCUGGGUGAAUUACGAACAGGGACUUGUCAGCAUCUCGCAAUACACGAGAGAGCUGAAGCACAUCCAGAACGUCGUCACAGACUUCAAGAUAACGAAGCCAUCCCGUCCCUGGUACUACCUACAAGAGUUUAAGACAGGAGAGAUUGCCUUCUGUACACCAGGAAAGCUCUUCAUAUUUCGUGAGACACGUGAUUAAUGCUACGGUCACAAAGGUUCGUACGAACGAUAAUUUCGUACGAAUCUCCUUCUUUUUCCAUUGUCUUAAUUCCCGAAUUUCCAUUCUCUGAAAAUCGUUCGUACGACGUUCGUAGCAGUUCGAAAUGUCAUUUGUGACCGAGGCUUUAGUAUCCGUGAUGUCCAUUACGCACAACCUGUCAUGUCCGGUAUGCUUCACCUUAUCCCUCACAAUAUAAUGUGAAAGCGAAUAGUUUAACAACAUGUGUUUAUGCUCAGUGUUUAAAUAUUACAUUGAACCCUAAAAUUCACAGAUUUGCCGAACAUACUGUGCUGAGGAAUGAAAUAUCUUUUGCUAAUGGUUACGGUCUGUUUAAAUGAAUUCAUUAUCUCUCCAACAAUCCAAUGUAAUAACGUCAAGGGCGAAAGAAUGUAACAAUUUUGUUUACAGAAACUAAGAUUUACUACUAAUUAUUAUACACUGUACUACAUAUUUUUCUGGUGGUUGUAAUUCUCAAUCUUUAGGGGUAUUACUAUAUUUUAUCUAAAGAGUAUCUAUAGUUUAUGUGCAAAGCAUUUUUGGUUUUUAAAAAUGUUUAAAAAAAAACUAAACAUGUAUAUUUUGAAUAUUAUUAAUGAUUUAUUGGGAUGAAAAAGAAAAUGUAUGACCUUAGUCAUCACUUGUGACUGAUUUAGCUUUGGAACGAUAAAAUAUGUAUUUACUUUGUUUUGAUUACUACUUCUGUUUGUAGAAAUAAAGCAUUUCAUUUAAAAAAAAAGUAAUUUCCAUAUGUCACUCCAGGUCAUGCUUUCGAAGUUGUAUUGAUCUCCCGGUAAAAUGUGUAAAUUAUUGCGUCAUACUAUCGUGUACCCAACGUUUGUUUGGAAAGUUUUAGACGCACACAUUUGACACUUAACUAGAUGGCUCGAGAAAAUAAAUCAAGGCGUGAGAUCGCAAUUAUCCUUGAUUUUCUAUAACAAAGUGUAGUCAAUUAAGGCUAUCUAAUAAAACUAUACUACUAUCUAAAUAGAAUGUGUUACGUAAAGUUUUUGGACCACAUGAUAUUUACACAAUGUAAUUACACACCAUUCGAGUAGAUAUUUGUAUACUACAAUAUGUGUAUUCGUGAAUUAUACCACAUUAUAUUUUGCUUGUGUUCAGGAAAAGAAACCUAAGAAUUAUUGUUCUGUUCAUCGUGAUGUGAAAGAAAUUAGACAAAACAUUAAUUUCUUUGUCAAAAUCUGACCGUUGGCCUAAAUAUAAAAGCAAUCACACUUUUUUCGGCUUUGUACUAUUCCUUCGUGUGGUUGUAUUCAGUAAAUGGAAAUGACCAUGAUCUAGUCUUGUGAGUCUAGAAUAGCAUCGUGCAGAUAUUAUAUAAUUUAUAUGUAUGUGUAUAUGUAUAAUGUAUACGAAAGUAUUUCAAUAUGAAUCACGAAUAAUGUGGAAACACUUCUUUGCCUAUAACCAUUAUCAGGGGCGGCGAUCCCGGGGGGAGGGGGA